CCCAUUGUCCGAAGACAAAUUCGCUUAUUGAAAAUGGCUUUGCCUUUGAAAUUGAAGGAGACGUUCUUCAUAUCACAUGGAUCCCCUACGCUUUCUAUAGAUGAGUCUUUGCCCGCCAGACACUUCUUGAAAGGCUUUAGGGAAAGAAUUUUAAAUCAAAAGCCGAAUGCGAUAUUGAUGAUUUCUGCUCAUUGGGAAACUUCUGAACCAACUGUUAAUUCUAUUCGUGGCCGCCAUGAUACCAUUCAUGACUUCUACGGCUUCCCUAAACCCAUGUACCAGCUCAAAUACCCUGCACCAGGAGCUCCAGAAUUGGCUAAAAGGGUGAAGGAAGUUCUCAUGGCAUCAGGGUUCACGACAGUGCACGAAGACAAAAAACGUGGUUUGGACCAUGGUGCAUGGGUCCCUCUCAUGCUCAUGUACCCGGAAGCAGACAUUCCAGUCUGCCAGCUCUCGGUCCAGCCCAAUAGGGAUGGUACUUAUCAUUACAACAUGGGAAGAGCAUUGGCCUCCCUCAAGGAUGAAGGUGUCCUCAUAAUUGGUUCUGGAUCUGCCACUCACAACUUAAGGGCUCUCGGUUCAUCCAAAAGUGUUGCUUCUUGGGCUUUAGAGUUUGACAAUUGGCUUAAGGACGCCCUUCUCAGUGGAAGGCAUCAAGAUGUUAAUAACUUUGACAUGAAGGCUCCUCAUGCAAAAGUUGCACAUCCAUGGCCCGAGCACAUCUAUCCGUUACAUGUUGCGCUAGGUGCUUCUGGUGAAGGCACAAACGGAGAGCUUAUUCAUCACAGCUGGGAUCUUGGUGCACUUUCUUAUGCUUCCUACAAGUUUUCUAGCCUGAAUAGGCCUUCAUAGAUAAAUGCUUGUUAUAUGUAUUUAUAGUUUUUGGUGGUGUUGAAUGUUUGAAUUUCUCAAAAUGAAUUUGUCUUAAAGAAUAAAAUAAAAAAGACUAAAUUGUUGUGAUGACCAAAGUUAUAAACUCUUGAGCAGAAGUAUAAUGGUGCUAAACCUCUUCCUGUGAUUCCA